AUGAGCCUGAAGCCGGAACAGAUUUCUCAGAUGCGGUUCUUGCAGAACCCUUCUGGCAUCGCCAUGCUCUCUGCCACUGGAGACUUUGACAUUGACUUCCUGACUGCGCAGGAUGGACUGUGCACGCCCUUCACAGCGAGCCCAGGGAACCCGGCGUGGCUCCUGUGGCAUCUGUCGCUGGGAAUUCGUAGGCCAUGUGUGGGCAUCAGCCACCCGGCCGUGACAGGAGGCGGGAGUAGGGAGGCGAAGGUGCUGUUCGCCGCGGGCUUCCGAGAAGCCUCUACCACCCAAAUGAGGAUUCGGGAAUCCCAAUCCACAUGUCAGGAACUCCUGCUGAACUCCACCCACCGCUGCCAGUGCCUGGCGCAGCACCCGACCCCACCGGAGAAGCCUGGCACCACGGACAGGGCCCUGGAGGGCGCUUGGAGCCUGGAUCUGGGCACCUACCAGCGGUGUGACGGAGGGCGAGUCACCGUAGCAACUUCAGCCUUGGUUUCUUUACUUAGUUUUGAUGAAGAUGAAGAUGAAGAAGAAGAAGAAGAAAUUUUAGAGAACGGGGUCCCAGAGGAGGGCAAUCCUAGGUAUAGGGAAGGCACCUUCAGCUACUGGAAAAUGUGCCCAAGAAAUGGACUUACUCUCUUCCGCCGCCAUUUUAAAUCCAGCUCCAUACAACGCUCCGCCGCCGCUGCUGCCGCGACCCGGCCUGCGCGCCAGCACCCCACGGCCGACAACUCCGCCACCAUGGAGGACAUGAACGAGUACAGCAACAUAGAGGAAUUCGCAGAGGGAUCCAAGAUCAACGCGAGCAAGAAUCAGCAGGAUGACGGUAAAAUGUUUACUGGAGGCUUGAGCUGGGAUACAAGCAAGAAAGAUCUGCCUGAAUAUUUGUCUCGAUUUGGGGAAGUUGUAGACUGUACAAUAAAAACAGAUCCAGUGACUGGAAGAUCAAGAGGAUUUGGAUUUGUGCUUUUCAGAGAUGCUGCUAGUGUUGAUAAGGUUUUGGAACUGAAAGAACACAAAUUGGAUGGCAAAUUGAUAGACCCCAAAAGGGCCAAAGCUUUAAAAGGGAAAGAACCCCCCAAAAAGGUUUUUGUGGGUGGAUUGAGCCCAGAUACUUCUGAAGAACAAAUUAAAGAAUAUUUUGGAGCCUUUGGAGAGAUUGAAAAUAUUGAACUUCCCAUGGAUACGAAAACAAAUGAAAGAAGAGGAUUUUGUUUUAUUACAUAUACAGACGAAGAGCCAGUAAAGAAAUUGUUAGAAAGCAGAUAUCAUCAAAUUGGUUCUGGUAAGUGUGAAGUCAAAGUUGCACAACCCAAAGAGGUAUAUAGGCAGCAACAGCAACAACAAAAAGGAGGAAGAGGUGCUGCAGCUGGUGGACGAGGUGGUACUAGGGGUCGUGGACGAGGUCAGGGCCAAAACUGGAACCAAGGAUUUAAUAACUAUUAUGAUCAAGGAUAUGGAAAUUACAAUAGUGCCUAUGGUGGUGAUCAAAACUAUAGUGGCUAUGGCGGCUAUGAUUAUACUGGGUAUAACUAUGGGAACUAUGGAUAUGGACAGCAAUAUGCAGACUACAGUGGGCAACAGAGCACUUACGGCAAGGCGUCUCGAGGGGGUGGCAAUCACCAAAACAAUUACCAGCCAUACUAAAGGAGGAUGUUGGAGAAAACGGGAGGAGAUUGCUAAAGUUAACGCAUCUUGCAGGACGACAUUGAAGAUUGGUCUUCUGUUGAUCUAAGAUGAUUAUUUUGUAAAAGACUUUCUAGUGUACAAGACACAACUGUCCAACUGUAUAUAGCCGCCAGUUAGUUUUCUUUGUUUUUACUUUGUCUUUUGCUAUCUGUGUUAUGACUUGAUGUGGAUUUGUGUUUAUACAAAUUUUAUUUGUAUGAUUCCAUGUUAAACCUCAAAUAAAUGCUUCCUUAUGUGAUUGUU